GUUCCUGCUUUGCGUUCCGUAUGAAGAAAAACUUUACUUAUCGGGUAUGUUUACCUUGAUCAGAUGUGGAUAUGCACGUCUUGUCGGUUUUCUUUUAGUUUUAAUAACGAUAACGUGGACGAUCUGGAGCCUGAAGUGGCGAACCGAGGCUACACCAGUGAAAAUGGGAGACGAAACGCUGCAGUAUUUCCUUAGAAAAGGGAAGAUUGAGAAUGAGGACGCGGCAGAUGUCGGGUGGUACCAUGCGGCCAACAGCCGGUCCAGAAUCGCCGAAGGACUGCAAAGUUCUUCUCUGAUGAUUGAAGCGGACAUCAUUCUUAGAGGUUAUGAGCCCACAGAGCCCAUCAUGGCUCACCCACCUGCCACUGACAGUGAUAUCACCCUGCAUGACUGGCUGAAAGAGGUUUUGAUGUCAGACAAGGGAAUUAAGCUGGAUUUCAAAAGCCUUCAAGCUGUGGCACCCUCCAUGAGACUACUGGAAGAAGUUAGGGGACAUCUGCUUGGCCCCGUUUGGAUCAAUGCCGAUAUCCUCUCAGGCCCAGGAGGGAAAGCCACCCCACUUGACCCUGUAUCUUUCCUGCAAGCAGUCAGUCAAGGAUUGCCAGGUGACGUGCUAUCCCUUGGUUGGACCACAGGGUGGAGCCCCAACAUAAAUAAUCCAGGCUAUAGCUGGGAGAUGGUGCAGGAGAUGGAGAAGGUGUGUAGGCGUCUGAAACAGCCUGUCACCUUUCCUGUGCGAGCUGCACUUCUGGCCCAAUCCUUCAACCAGCUGCAGUGGCUUCUUCAGCAGUCUAGCAGAUAUAGUCUGACUGUGUGGACAGGCCAAACUGAUGAAUGGAGCGUGGAGGACCUGCUUCCCUACAGACAAAGCAUCGACCAGAAAAGAGUCUACUAUGACAUUCCAGAGCAACAGCUUGCUUUGCUGAAGAAACUCACCUCAAGCACUCAGAAAGACAUCAGCUCAUGAAUUAACCAAGUGGAAACUAUGGUUUGCUUUCUUUGUUGAUUUUCAUAUUUUUUUUAGACAAAGGGAAUUAGGGGAACAGUUAUUUUAUAAUUAAGGAAUAUCGAAGCGUUAAGCAUCAUGGAAAGUUUGGUGUUGUCGAUGUCUGGGUAGUGUUGACAAUUCUGUUUUUAUGGUGGCAAAACUACUAAAUAAAAACUUCCCAAUUCAGACUGCAGAAUUAGGAAUAUAUGGAUCGUUUUAUUUUAAUGGUAUAGAAUCUUUUUAUUCAUGGGCAAUUUUAUUGCGAUACUCGUGUUGCUUUAUAUAUAUAUAUAUAUAUAUAUAUAUAUAAGAAAAUGUUUUAUUCAUGAAUUUAUUUUUUACUCUGAGCAUUAUACACAUGAUUAACUAUGGUGUUAUGAAUGACCAAAUGGCCACGUGUUCUGUGAGAAAAGGUCAUUCCAUCCAUUGCUUGAACAGUGAGUACAACAGCGAUAACAGUCAAGAGCCAUAUUAACUGUGUGGUUUACCUAAUCACGCCAAAUGUUCUACUGCUGUACCCUUAUAAUACAAGGUACAGCCCUCUGCAGUUUGCUUUACACUUGGAAACAUCUGCUGUCAACAAAGCAGCACACGCUGUAGCCUGCUGGUUACAAUCAUACAGACUGUUUCCGCAGUAACACAAAGAAGCCCUGUUCUUGACAUUUAGAAUAUCGGUAAAUUUAUACAUGAGUGCCUAUAAUAACUGCCUGUGUGUUUGAGAAGUGCAGGGCUCUCUACUCAUUGUAUGACACAUCUUAAUUUCUCUGGAUUAUCUCUUUUACUCAUUUUACUUACUUUUCAAAUGAGUAAAGCUAAUUGUGCACUAGUGGAUCAAAAUAUGGCAGUCAGGGAACAAGAAGUGUGUGCAACAUGCUCACCUGUAAGGUUCACCCUUAAGGUAAUGCAAUGUGCUGUUUUAGGCUAGACAUGCCAUGAUCAGUGUUUGCAUGCAGUACAGUUUUUGGUCUUGUAAAUUCUGUAGAAUAUAAAUUUAUUUUAUUUUUUUUAAAUGUACUCAUGCACUUUCUGCAAAGGAUGCAACAAACUUUUAAUCAUUUGUCUUAGUUAGAGGGUAUUGAAAUAAUGAGUGCAUGGUUCUUCCCUACUUCGGCCUUCUGCAUAAAGCAAUGCACUUUACAUAAUAAAAAUGCAGUUACUCAUGCUCGCCAUGCUGUAGUUCCAGACCCCUAUUGCUGAAGGGGAAGAGAUGGCAGCAGAUGUAAGAUGAAAGCAUUACAUAUCAACAAUUAAUCGUUCCUGUUAGAAUUUAUAAAUUACUAAGAAACCUUUAUAAUGAACAUAUAUGGGAGUUUUAUUUAUAUGUGCAUUAUUUAUCUUUUUAUUGUGCUGAUAAUCUGCAAUAUUCCGUGUAAGAAAGAUAGCAGAGUACACAGCAGCCACAAACAUAUAUCCUAUGCAAAGCUAGGGAUGUUUUUUGAGCUUUUUUGUGGCAUUAAAGCAGAUUCUGGCUCAUUGAAGCAAGUUGAUUUGGCGUUAGGUUUGGAGCUUAUUGAAAGUGAUGUGAAUUUAUCUCUUACAGUAGGCUGCGGAAGGCAUCUGAGGGUUCAGAACAAGCAAGUGCAGCCCAGAUUGCGUGGACACAUGCUGAUUUGGGGUGUGGAAGGAGAUGGAUGACUAUACCUUUUGUAUUCACUUUUUCUGGUUCUGAUGUUAAAUUAUUACAGAUGGUGGAGCUGUAGUCAAGGGGCGGCGUGGUGGUACAGUGGUUAUCACUAUCGCCUCACAACUCUAGGACCAGGGUUCGAGUCUCCGCCUGGGUUACAUGUGUGUGGAGUUUGCAUGUUCUCCCCAUGUCGUCGUGGGGUUUCCUCCGGGUACUCCGGUUUCCCCCCACAGUCCAAAAACAUGCUGAGGCUAAUUGGAGUUACUAAAUUGCCCGUAGGUGUGAAUGGAGUAUGUGUGCGCCCUGUGAUGGGCUGGCCUCCCAUUUUUUUUAAAUGUGUUGCAAGAACCAAAAUUGGAAUACGUGUUUAUUUUGAGAAAAACAAUCAAAUUCAUGAGGAACACAUUAAAUAAUGUGCUGUUGUAUUGUUUUCAAUGUAAUACAGGUCAAAGAUAAUUUAACAAAUUGCUGUUUUCAGUUUGAUUUUCAUUUUACGUACCGUCCCAACUUUUUGUGAUUUGGUGUUAUAAUAAUCAUAUAUAUGCCCAUUUGACAUUAUGUAAAUGUAAAAAAUGUAAAAUGUGAUAACAAUUAGAAAGGUAGAGGACCAUGUGAUGUCACAACAGUAAUACACAGGGUUUUGGAAAUAGUUUAUUUACAAUGAAUGAUAUUCAGCUACGAUCACAUUACAUACAUGGGAAAUAAAAUAUCACAAUGUG